AUGUGGGCGGCAAUGUCGUUCUGCCGCCUGCUCUCAGUGCUGGUCACGCUGGUCGCCUGCUUCGUAGCCACGAACCAUGCCGCCGAGGAGGCUAACAUUAGCAAGCGCACCGUCUCGAUUCCUUUGAGGCACAAUGUUGAUUCUGUCCGCAACCCCCACUGGGAGCACUACCGCACCCUUCGGAAGCACAACAUCCCCAUUCCCGGGCGGCUACAGGAAAUCGUGCGGGAAACCUCCCCUCACAAGUUUGUGUCCAACAAUGCCCACGGUGGUGAUCUUCUCUGGCUCGCUCCGGUCCAAAUUGGCACUCCACCACAGACAUUAUAUUUGGACCUAGACACUGGCUCUACGGACACCUGGGUUUUCUCGACCGACACCGACAAGCGCAACGUCAACGGACAAGACUUGUAUCAUCCUGCCAAGUCAACAACCGCGGAACUCAUUGAUGACUGCACCUGGUCCAUCAUGUAUGGCGACUUCUCGACGUCGUCGGGGAUUUGCUAUCGAGACACGUUCGCCUUUGGUGAUAUCAAGAUCGAGGGAAUGACGAUCGAAUCGGCGAUGCAUGCAUCGUACAUGUUCACAGAGACAGCUGCCAUGUCCGGACUCGUUGGUCUUGCAUGGAGCUCACUUGCUCAGAUGGUGCCCAAACAACCUUGUCUGAUCGAUUUCUUGCCUAGAAUGAUGGCCGAGCCACUCUUCACCGUCGAUUUCGUUCACAACGGCACUGGCUCAUUCAAUUUUGGCUUCAUCGACAAGAACUUGUACAAGGACGAAAUCAAGUAUGUGGAUGUGGAUACCAAGGACGGAUUUUGGACAGUUGAUUACCACGGCUUCAGGAUUGCUGGUGACAGCAUCAAGUAUGAGUUUGCCAAGCCAAAGCCUGUCAUCGUCGAUACUGGCUCAACACUGCUCUUUGCGCCAGAGGCUGCUGUUAAGAAGUACUAUGACUUGGUCCAGGGGGGGAAAUUCUCCAACAAGGAAUACGCCUACACGAUUCCAUGCGACACAACACCACCAGAUUACAUUGUGGAACUUUCCGAUGCACACGGGAACAAGGUCGAAACUACAAUCCCGGGCGAAUACGUCAUCUACGCACAUCUCAGCGACAACGAGUGCUUCGGCGGCAUCCAGUCGCUUGGAUCAUUCACUGACCUGCAAGGUAUUCUUGGAGACAUGUACCUUAAAAGCGGCUUCGCGGUAUUUGACAUCGGAGAGAAAAAGUUUGGCAUGGCCCCAAAGCCCUUGGACACAGACUCUUGA